AUGAAGUUUUCGCGUGUGGAACACAGAAUCUGGAAAUUCCACGAAGAGUUGUAUGCCAGUUCUGUAAGCAAAAAUUGUUGUUUUAGGUAUGAACCAUGUAUGAGGUAUACUAAUGAGAAGGGAUUUGGUGCAAAAAUUGUAUCGAAUGCCCUCAUUAAAAAAAAUAAAAUGAUUCCUGGUUUAGGAGGACAAUUAUUUUUUAUUCAUGACAAUGAUAUUAAAGCUGGCGUUAACGAUUUCUCAGUCAUUACCCGCAGCUGUUCCCUAAAACAGUUUGUUUACCUAGGCCCAGCUGCUUAUAUAAAUCACGACUGCGAGUCGAACGCAGUGUUUUCGUCAAUUGGCGAACCGUCUUACGUGCAAAUAAAGUCAGUGAAACAGAUUCUCCCAGGAGAGGAGAUUACUGUGUUUUACGGUCAUGGUUAUUUUGGCGAUAAUAAUGCUCAGUGUGAGUGCAUGACGUGUGAAAACAAUAUGAAGGGCUUUUUCUCAAAAAAAGUUGAUACAGUAGACACUAUGGCAGUGGACGACCUACCCACGAUAACAGUUAACGACCCGCCAGAGACCGUCAAUGUUCCUGCUUCUACUGAAACCAAAGUAGAGAGUAUGUCAGUGGACGACCUAUCCACGAUAACAGUUAACGACCCGCCAGAGACCGUCAAUGUUCCUGCUUCUACUGAAACCAAAGUAGAGAGUAUAUCAGUGGACGACCUACCCACGAUAACAGUUAACGACCCGCCAGAGACCGUCAAUGUUCCUGCUUCUACUGAAACCAAAGAAGAGUCUGAGACAGAUGAUGACAGUUAUACAGAUACAGACGUUUCUUCAUCUGACGAAAAUGAAGUACACAAAACAACUGACGAUGAAGGUUCUAUGCAAUCAACAGGAAGUAGUGACGUAGACUCUCCUUAUAAAUACCAUUGUUCCAACUGUGAUCUAUCCUUCAAAUAUAAUUGUUGGUAUAAAAGACAUAUGGCAACCCAUAACCCUGGGACUUUUACAUGUGAAUAUUGCCACAAAGUUUUUAAAAGGAAAGACACCAUGCGGGAGCAUGAACGCCUUCAUUUGGGUGGACCAAAGUAUAAGUGUGAGCAUUGCUACAAACAGUUUGGAGAUAAAAGAAAUAUGAACAUGCAUAUAAAAUUGAUCCAUCAAGGCUCAAUGGUCAAAUGUCAAAAAUGUGACAAAAUGUAUUCGGGAAAGAGACAAUUGAGGUAUCACGACAACCGUGUACAUUCAAAAAUUAAACCGUUUGAGUGCAACAUAUGUGCGGAAAGAUUUCCUGUACCCUGCAUGCUCUCAGUACAUCGUCUUAAAAUGGUAAUAUAUUGA